CUCUUGUUCUGUUCCGACUCCCCUUACGCGGGUUCGUCUUUUGGGGGCUGAAACGCCCUCCCCAUCGGCACUCUUUGCCCGCCCCAGUCUCGACUCAUAAUGACAAGGCUGUGCCCAGCGUAAUAAUAAUCCUUCAGAUUCCCAUGUCCUCCUGUACACGCCAUACCGACCUGGAUCCAUGCGACAUUCACGAGACUACAGUACAGUCGCUGUUUAGUCAUCAUCUAUUAUAUUUCCUGUAUUCAAACUUCGAUUUGUUAUUCCUCUGUAGGACCAUCAAACAUCGACUACCUACUACUCUCAUCUUCUGGCUGGAGGAGUGCAUCAUCCCAGGACGAGACCCCCGCUUCUUACGCGGCCCUUGUCAUAUACCCUUGCAACAUGGCGGAAGAGGCACCUGCGCCGACUUCCAUUGCUGACCGCAUCGCUGCACUCAAAUUGAACCAAGUCGGUCCUGCAGCCUUGCCAGCAAGACCCGGCUUUGUGCCCAAGCAAGAUCAGAGUGCGGUUGUUGUUGUUCACGGGCGGGACAACAGCCAAAGACGCCAGCCGCCUCCGCCACCUCCUGCGCGACCUGAAUUGCCCGCUCGGCCGGAUCGUGCACGCCAGGGCAACGGCAAUGCGAAUUCCCUACAAUCGGAUCACUCCGAGAGCAACAAUGUUCCUGCUCGGCCGCCAUUGCCGUCGCGCACAUCGCAAGCGUCCCUAGGUCCCGCCUUGCCACCGAGAAAGACGUCAGCACCACCCACGCCUGCCUUACCACCAAGGCGCCCAUCAGAUGCUCCCAGCACACCCGGAAAUCUCCAUAAUCGACGAGGCUCCAACGAAUCGGCCAGUUCUGUGGCGACAGCAAGGUCGUCGCUCUCCGGUAUCUCCAACGGCACGUCGAUCACAUCAUCUGGUGGCAACAACAAGAUUCGUGCACCCGAGUAUGAUCCCGCCUCCCUUCCCAAGUUACCUCCAAACCGCACAAAGGAGCAAAAGGAAGCCGAUGCACGCAGAUAUGCCGGCCUGCGACCUUUGCGUCAGACCAAAUCCUCGCCUAAGGUCGACCAAGUCCUCGUCGAGGAGAGCACCCCUCCGCCACCCGUCCAGACCCGAUCAAUUGUUGCACGUCCUCCAGCAUUGCCGAAUCGCAAUGCACCAGCCCAGCCGACAUACCAAGCGAUAGAGCCAGCUCCCCCGCCGCAGCCUUCACGACCAGCUAUAGCUCCGCCACCCCGAGUCAGACAAUCCGCUUUGAGUUUCGGCCUGAACAAUGCCACGCAGACACCGCCGCCUCUUCCCGGAGUAAGACCAGGCUCCGUGCCGCAGACGAACGGCGCACCUCCACCUGUACCGAUGGCAUCCAAGCCGGAUCUCGCCGCAUUGCAGGCCUCCAAGCCAAAGCCAAAUGCAAAUCGCGCGCAAGGGCAGGAAAUCAUGGAAUUGACCCCCUCGAAUUUCGAUCAACCUGCGCCAGCUCCCUCAACGGCGCCGAGCCCAGGGAGCUGUCUUCCCUGCCGUGAUUUCUCGGGGCCUGACAACCAUGCUGCAAGAUUUCCACGCCAGUCCAUCCCAUCUACGGACGUGGGAUGGCUGGCCAACCAGCUCACCGCACCAUUUCCCUCCCACACGGACAAAGCACGCGCCAUUUUCACAUGGCUGCAUCACAACGUCGCCUACGAUGUCGUGUCAUAUUUCCGGACGGGGCUGAAGCCAUCGACACCUCAAUCUACCAUCCAAACUGGACUCGCCGUUUGCGAAGGUUAUGCUGGACUGUUCAGUGCAUUGGCGCUCAAGGCCGGUCUCGAAUGCAUGGUUCUCAGCGGUGCGAGCAAGGGCGGACCCUAUCAACCCAUGAAACCCGGAGAUCCCAUGCCCACCUACAAGUCAGACCACGCCUGGAACGCAGUCCGCAUCGACAACGGCGAAUGGAAACUGAUCGACUCCUGCUGGGGUGCCGGCAACGUCGACAACAACGCCCAAACCUUCACAAAGGACUUCAAACCCUACUGGUUCACCAUGACCAACCAAGUCUUCGGCUACUCCCACUACCCGCCCGACUCCGUCCACCAAUACCUGCCCCCGGGCACGUUCUGCUCCUGGGAAACCUACAACCUCACCCCCAAAUACGGCUGUCGCCCGCAACACUACGACGGCUGUUUUCAAGAAGAGGGCAUGGACUGGUCCUCCGUGCAACCCAACAUCGAAAAGAUCCCCCUCCACGCCCAAGCCGGCCCGAGCGUCCGCUUCGCCUUUCAGAAGAUCUGCCCGCACUACGACCCCGUGCGCAACGGCCAGGGUGCCCUCUACCCCUACGCGCUACAAGUCGAGGGUCUCAAGGACACGGGUUUCGGCCGCGACAUGAUCCCUCUGGAAACGAACGGCGAGGUCUGGUGGGCGGACGUCCCCGUGCGGAGCCUGGGCUCCCCCGGGCAGAAGGUCCGACUCAUGGCGAUCACGAAGCUGGGCGGGAGGAGCGGCAGGGGCAUCUCGCAGGCCGAGUAUAAGCGGAAGGCCACCUCUGAGGGCUUCUCGAGCUCGUUCGUUUGCGAGUGGGUCAUGGCGUGA